AUGUGUGCGCAAUUUAACAAACGGCGCUCCAUAUACAAAAGGGGAGGAGUGACCGUCCUUUCUCUCCUGAGCUCCACAGCUCAGCUGCAACUUGUUAGGCAGACAAGAAGAGGAGGCAACAACAGACGCACGUUUUCCAGAUUACCUCCUAUGUUGGACAGAAGCUGGUAGUGAACGAUUGGAGUGUUUUUUCCCCCUGCAGACAUGUUAGAAGAGCCGGGUGUUCUGCAAGUGACAAUAUUACUUUCCAGCCUUUUCCUGUGUGCAGAGAAUUGGUCUUAGUUUUUGGCACGUAUAGCAGUCAGUUUUGACAAUGGAGAACAUUAGCCUGGGCUGUCAGGUCUGUUGUGCCAAGUUUUGGAGGGUUGGUGAAAUCAAGCAACACAUGCAUUCAAAGAUGCAUAAAACGAAAAUGGAAGAAGUCUUCCAGAAAGAUGAGUUCCUUGGUUACGGCUUUCCCCCCAUUAUUAUGAUGAGCCCAUAUGAAAGACACAAAAUCAGACAACCAAUCAUUGGCCUGUCUCUGCUGACGCUCUGUUUCAGUCCAGAGACGAAGACCUUCUUUUACCUGUGCCAUGUCUGUGAAGAAAAGUGUUCACCAGAAAAAAUUGCAGGCCAUCUCUCUUCUGGUGACCAUUUCAGCAACUACUUUAGCUACACGGACCCAAAUGUGCUGAGUUACUCCUGGAUCCCCGGCAUGGAUAUGAUAGAGAUUCUGAGGUCUGAGAUCUCAAAGGAAAUCGGAAAAGCAAAAACCAGACAGCUGCAGAUGUUGGAUUUACCAGAAGAUCUGUUGAAGAAGCUUGCAACAUGUAGCUACUCUGAAGUGAUACGAUCUCUGAGUGAAAACGAAAGGCUCCUGAAAAUACUCGAAGCUGUAGAGCCAAAGAGGAUGAUAAUACAAAAAUACCAAAGAGACAGCAACAGGAAGCAUCCACUUCUAGGCAUACAGCACAUUGUGGAAUGCAUUUGUGUUGUUCCCACUGAGAGGAGACACUACCUCUGCACUCUCUGCAACCUAACUUGUGCCACCCACAUGGUCAUCAAACAUGUCCUGAGCUUUGACCACAUCUAUUGCUACUUUAGAGCGUGGCACCCCUCCACUUUGCUGUCAAAGGAAAGCUACAGUGAUUACCCUGCUUUUGCCAACAUGGUCCUCCACUUAGUGAAGCAGACAGAGGAGAUUCAUGGUGCUACAGACACUGAUAUGAAGCAAGUGAAGCUGGAGCCUGCUGAGUACACAUCAGUGAAUUUCACCUGUUACAAAGAGGCUUUGAAGGAACUGGAAUCCAUCACAAUGGGAAAGGAGGAUAGCACCUUAAUUACUGUUGUCACUCCAGGACAAAAGCUUGAGUAUCGAUCUGUGGGUCAGUCUGGACCAGUGUUACCCAAGCUGAUGAAAGUACACUGUCAGGAGUGUAACAUAACCGUCAACUUAAGUCAAUAUACAAAACAUUUGAAAUCUGUACGUCACCAACAGAUGUUGAGGAGACAUUUUGGUGAAACAGAUUUUGGUUAUGAACACAGAGUAGGAAAAAUACCCUACCUGAAGACAUACGUGUUCCUCAAGGAGUGCCUGAGCGAACAACCAGCUGUUGGUGUUUCCCAGCUAGUGACAUGUGUGAGCUCUGAGUCCAAGGAUGAACCUGUUUGUGUGUGCUUUGCCUGUGCGGACUGCUUCUUGGAUUCCUCAGCCAAAAGCCACCUCAGCUCUCAAAAACACGCCAUAAAUACAUUGCUCUAUCUGAAUCCCUGGCGGCUCCCUCUUGCAUGGGACAAUUUUGGGGAUUUGACUGACUUGGGGUCGGCAGCAAGGGAAGAGGAACGAGAGAGAGAAGCACGUCUCACGGUGAUGAAGAUACUUGAUAUACCGGCCUGUGUGUUGCAGGACCUCAACCCACCAAGUUACAGAAAAGUGAUGAGGAAACUGAAGCAACACUACUCUCUCCUGAGACAUGACGUUCCCCCCUCUGAAACAUGCACCAAACUCAAAGGAAAAGAGAGGUUUCCUCUGCUGGGUAGAGAAUUCAUAGCCAAGUUCAAUGUGUGUGUCAGAGAGCAUCAGUCCACAGACGUGGCAUUUUUGUGUAUGCUUUGCCAGAGGAGACUGUCAGGCAAAGAAUGUGACGCUCAUGUGUUCAGUCGGGAACAUAUUAAAACAUUCAUUAGCCGUUUUCACCCAGGGUCCCUGAAUCCAAACACUGAUGUAGAGACCCUUUUGGACUUGGCCAAACAGGCAGUACGCCACCACAUUGUGCUGAACAUGCAGGAAAUUGAAUUGGACAGGCCCAUCAAUGAGCCAUGUUCAUACAAACAGGCACUUUGGAUCCUUCAAGCUGCAAAGUGGAGAACAGGACAGCUUGACCCACAUAUAGCUCCUAAAAUGAAGCUGUUCCCCAGAGGAACUGUGAAAGAAACAGACAAAGACCCUGUGAAAGACUUCAGCCCUGAAAACAGCAACAUGGUGGAGGACUCAGAGAAAAGGUGUCCAAUGUCUACAGACUACUUAGUCAAGACGGAAGUUGAGGCCGAGGUCACCAUUAUACAAUGUGCAGAGCAGGAGGUUGAUGGAAUAACACCAAGUGAAAUGGAGUCUGUGAAAGCUGUCAUCAAGAAUGCCGGUGAGGCAUGUCAGGCAAUAAAAGGGGAGGGGAUAGAAAUGCCUGUUUUGAGUAAACCAAGUGAGGAGAAGACACAAAGCUGCGAGUACACACACACUGACUUGAGAACUGAGAUUGGAUUGCAAAGUGGCAACAAUCUAACAAACUUGGAGAAUUACCCAUGCAAAGAAGAAGAAAUAGAGAACCCUAUCAGCAUGCCCCAAGAAUCCCAGGACCCAUGUCUUCAUGGUGUUAAGGAGGAAAUAAUGGGCUCCAAACAAAACCAAUCUUUUCCAGAAGACCAAAGUCUGCCAAGCAGUAAACAAAAGAAGGAAGCCACAGCAGAGGAAGGAGGAGGCAGACCAAAUCAGGAGAGUGUAAAGGACAAAGAUCCUCAGUCUCAGGUUACCUCUGGCUCUCUUACAGCAUCACCGCACAAACAACCAGAUAAACUGUGGAGAUAUAUCAAGACAACAACAACACAAAGGGAGCCUGUGAUUGGCUUAGGCGCACUUCUUGAAUGCAGUUGUGAUCAGCAUGACCCCAUCUACCUCUGUGAGUGCUGCUGUAUGAAGAUCCUAGAGAAGGACAUCGUCAGCCACGUUACUGGAGUGUACCAUCACAAGAUGUAUUUGUUGGGGUUUGAGGAUCUCCCAAGGCCACAAGGAGUGCACCCAGGGAUGAAAAUCGGUCAUUUUGCUGCUCUGUGUGAGGAACAUUAUGGAUAUGGGGAAGCUCAGGUUGUGGAUGUGGACGAAGAUGCUUACCACAAUGUACUGAAACAAAACUUUAAAUCGGCCCUGCAAAUGGCGAAGGCACUUCAGGCUCUGCAGGACCGUGUUUGUGAACCCACCUCAACCUUAGCGCUGUCCAGUGCUCAGCCUGUGGACAACUCACUCAUCCCUCGAACUCAGCACAAGCACAAUUUUAUCAUGGAUAAUUACCAGGUGAUAGACAUGGAUAUUGAGAGUGGUUCAAAGAACUGUGAGGCAAAGCUACCCUCAAUAACCAGCUCCAAAACAGUUGGAGAUGCUCCUGGUUCAAGUGAAGAUGUCAAAAGAACCCUGGUGAAAGAAACUGGUUCAGCCCACAACACUUACUCCUGUGAGACGGUUUUGAAAAAAAGUGAAGACGCAUCAUGUCUUGUGUCAACAAGGGGGACAAACACAACAUUUAUACAUCCUGACUCCAGAGAAAAUGCCUUUAAAACUGGAAUCACUUCAGACGAAACUGUCAGACCAAAACAAGAAGGAAAAAAAGGGAAAUUAGACACUGCUGUAACCAGCUCCACCAAAUCUAUGGCAGCCAUUCCUAAAUGUACAGUCAAAGCCUCCAGUUCUACUCCAGAAAGCUUUGACAAAACAGCAACCCCCAUUUCCAAGCUUACUGCCAACAUAUCCAGCUGUACUACAGCCAAAUCAGGAAAAUGUGCAGCAUCUACAUCCAGUGCCAUCGCCACCACCUUCAAGUCAUCUACAGCCAACUCCAGUAAGAAAACAACAACUACUGUUGCACCUGCAGGUCACACUAACAGUAGUUCUGCAACAAUCAACCACAUUAAAGAGGCUGUCUACAAAUCGACAUCCAGUGCCAUUGUAACAACAACCAAAUCGACUGCAGCCAACCUUAAUACCAGUACAACAACCACCACAUCUUCAGCUCUGGAUAAUCGUAGAGCUACAACCACAACUAACAGUGGAGAAACUGCUUACAAAUGUGCAACAUCCGCAUCAGGUGCAAGUGCAACCACCACCAAAUCCAUUGAAGGCAAACCAGUUACCAGCGCAUUAGCCAUCGCAACUGCAGCUCCAACCAACAGUGGUUCAAAAAACACCACCAGCAGUGGGAUUUUAGUCACAACCAACAAUAGUAAAAUAACCUACAAGCUUCCCACAUCAACAUCCAGUCACAGUGCAAGCACCAAAAAUUCCACUUCCACCAAAAUAUUUGCAGCACCCACCAACAGCAGUACUGCAGCCAAAACUAACAAUAGAGAAACUGCUUACAACUAUGGAACAUCUAUAUCAAGAACCGGUGCAGCGUCCACCAAAACCACAAGGGCCAACCAAGAUCCCAGAUCAAGAGCGACCCCAUCUGCAACUUCAACCAACAGUGGCACUACAGCCACCAGCAGCAGUAGAGGAACCACACAUAAACCUGCAGCACUUACACCCAGUGCCAGUGCAACCACCACCAAAUCGACUGGAGCCAAGCCAUAUACAAGUGGAGCAGCCACCCCAUCUGCAGCUCCAGCCAACAGGGGCACAACCACUGCUAACAGUAGAGGAACUUCAGUUAAAUGUGGAAAUUCUGAGGCUUCUUCCAAGACUGCCCUUGAGAAUAAAUCAGGAAUGUCAAAUGCUGAUGUUCCACCAAAUAAUCACAAUAGUUCUGCAUCUAAAGCCACUCUUAAAAUUGGUUUAAACUACUUGAUUCAAGUGUCCUGUGGACAAAAAAAGCAAUUCUACUGUCGGCUGUGUUCAGUCAAGCUGAGACGGUCGGGUCACCUCAUCAGCUCCAUGCACAAGUACAAAUAUGUGAAAAAGAAGUACCCUGAGUUCACUGCCAAGCCGUCUGAGAUUGUAAGCAAACUAGACAAGAUAGUGGCCCACUUGGCAGAGAUUGAAAAAGAUGUAGAGAACCCCGGCAUUCAGAAAGUGGAAGUGAGUUUAGAUGCGUACACCAAGCUGGGUGACCCUCUACUUUCAACAGACAAAGCCUUUGAAAAACUGAUGGAAAUGAUGACACAGAAAGACUCAGGGGUCUCCUACUCAACAAGUGACGCGGGGGAGGUGUGGACACCAGACGCUGCAUUCCCAAGUCCAUUUGAGGCUUCAAGCCCAGAUAACGAAAAUGAGGCCGUCUCACAGGAUGAAAGACAUCGUGCUGCAGGUCAGUCAGACACAGCUGAAGGUUGGAAAGGUUCAGAUCUUGAAGCUGAACCCAUGGCAGUCUUGGUUCAACAGAACACAUUUGGGUCUGAUGUGGAGUCCCAGGCUGAGGUUAAAGUCACAUCUGAAGUGAAUACAGGACAGCAGAACCGACCAAGAGCCAGUCAGACAGCGGAACAAGCAGAACAGCCAGGAUUUAGUUCAAGACCUGAGCAUCACAGUGCACCACAGGCACUCCCAAGGAUUCCAAUGGGGGACUCAAUAUGGGGCAGCAGUAAUUUGUCCAUAUAUUUGACUGUGAAGAAACUGGACUCUGAACCAAUCAUAGGUAUGGAAGCUGUGUGGGAGUGCAGAGGGCUGAAGCAAAAAACCUUCUACCUGUGUGAGUGCUGCAGCGAGAGGCUCGUCAUCAAUGACAUCUGCAAACACAUGAUCAGUGUCAAGCACCGGCUCAAUCACAUGCUAAAGGAGUACAGUCAGUUGAUGGCGUUCUGGCAGAUGGAGAAUCUGGAGCAUGAGAUUAAACUGAAAGUCUUAAGGGACGUUGCGUUUGAAGUCUCACACCGGGAACGCACCCUCAAGAAGGAUGCCCAGUCUACAGUACUGCCACAGGAUUUGUUUGAAUAUAUCAAAGCAGCUCAAUUCAGUGAAGCUUUAACAUUUUUGCAGGACUUAAAGAAGAAACAGAAACUGAGCGUUGUCCGUCCCCCCAUCAGCACUCAACAAAAACAAGACCAGCUGCCUGGGGAGCAACAGAAUCGAGCAGGAUGUACGUCUACGGAGAUGCAUUCUGCACGGGCACCAGAGACAGACAAGACGAGUGACGAAGUUGUAAAAGUGAUACAAGAAACAGAGGUGCAGCAUUUGGAAGGGGUCAUCCAAACAAAAGUCUCAAGUCCUCCAAAUGAGACUGGUGUCUGCUCAGAAUCAUAUUCUGUAGUUGCCAAAGUCCCUGAGGCUGAUAUAUGUUCAAGUCCCCAAGAGACUGGCAGCAACCAAUCAGAACCCAGACCACCAAUAUGUCAGCCUAUCACAGGGUUACAGGUGAAACAGACAGAGCUGCGCCGAGAGUCCCCAUCAUUCUCAAAUGACUCUCCAAAAGUGAGUCCAACAGUGCCAGUGUCUUCUGGAGAUAAAAGGCUUCUCACCAGGAAAAGGCCAGCUGUUGUAUCUGUUGAAACGCACACCAGAUCUUGCACAGGUAACCCUCCACUUGAGGGGCCUUUGCCACCUAAAAGGAUGUGCAGCUCACUGCAGCCCAGAAACAAGUCAACAUCUAAGUCCACUUCAGUUCCCCCUGCUGCAAUCUCCACUCUCCUGCCUGCUGAGCACAAAAACAUAGAACCUGCAUCUGAAGAAUGCAUGACAGAAAUAACUUUUGCAGACCUCAUCGCUCUUGUGAUGGAGAAAAGGACAGAAAAGAAAAUGUCCCCAUGCAUGGUAGCUCAGCCUAACGCUGAGACUUCUACAUCCUGUGCUAACAACCCAUUUGUAGGUGUGAAAAUCAAACUGGAACCAGAGUUUGAGCAGACUACAUCCACGAUGCCAGCCAAAAAGAAAAGAUUGGAUUCAAAGGUUCAGCUGGAUGACGCUACAGACGGCACCAUUUUACCGUCUGCCACCACUGCCAACCCCAGCGACCAACAAAAGCAGGGACGGCAUGCUCAUAGUAUUUGUGGAAUAAUGAACCCAUUCAAAGCUUGUCCCAACUGUGAAGACACCAGUCAUAACCCAGAGUCUCGAGUGACAACAGAGCCUGUCAGCAGCGAGGUUUCUCAGUUGCCAAUUAAUGCCAUCAUAACUCUCAGGCCGGAGUCCUGUAAGCUGCAGCUCAUAGGCAACUCUAACACGCAGGGUCACACUGAAGUGAGCAAUCAGGCUGCUCAUAGUCUCCCCUCAGUGGAAACAGCAAGCCACAGUGACACUCAGGCAGCUUCAGCAGGGUAUGGUCAAACCAGCCAAAUGGCUUACAUCCCAAAUGCACAUUCAUAUUAUCUGGCUUCAGGGGCUGUUGGGGGCUCCACAACCCCUGUCAACCCAUUCACAUAUCCUCCCAGUGUAUACCAAGGUGGAGGGUACACUACAAGAGGUGUCUACCAGAGCCUAGGAUGGAUGGAGCAGCAGCAGCAUUUCAUACGGCAACAGCAGCUAAUGCAACAGCAGCUACAGCAUCAGUAUUUGUAUCCCUCAUGUAUAAGUGCUGCUGCAGCAGGCACAGUGACCAAUGAGACUGCCUACCAGGGCCCCUCUCACCAAUCCAGCCAACAGCUUGCCAACUAUUACCAAUAUGAACAAAUUCAGCACCCAAAUAAUCCACAACAGUGGCAACAUGAAGAGAAGAAACAAUUUUAAAGAAUUAAAAAUGAUAUGUUAAGUCAUUUCCAGUACAUACACACACACACAUGCACAUAAAGUGUACAUUAUUGUUACAUAAUAUUCAAUACACCUUCAGAAGCCUUUUUUCUUCAUUGCUUUUUUUUUAUUUUUUUUUUUAUGCAAAACUGUCUUCUUUGGUAUUUUCAACACUUAGUUUCAGUUUGUGUCAUUUUAUUUUCCUCUUAUGAACAAAUACUGAAUUUUUCGACAAAGUUGAGUGUUUUGUCAAGUUUACAGUUUUUAUUUCACACCUGUCUGUCAAAGCAGAAACAAAGCCUUGUUCUUGCGUUAGUAAUAUUUCUGGUUUGGAGACAGCCCCAUAUGUGAGUCAGUUUAGUUUAAACUAAUGAAACAUCUUAAAAAAAAUAAACCUUUUCUUUCUGGAAAAUUAAAGAAAGACAAUAAAAAAUCCCUGCUUUAAAUAUGAAUGAUUUAACUGUUUGAGAACCUUCAUAUCGAGCAACUGUAGCUUUUUUCUGUUUUUAACAUUUCUGAUGUAGUUUCAGAAGUUCUGGGAAUUUUCUAUUUUUUAUAUUCAGACUUUAUUUGUAUAAAAGUCUCUUUUAAAAUGCAUUUUCUGUUCAAUGUGAAAUAAAAUGUUUUGUAAUUUCCA